GGCGUCUCUGUGCGGAUGAAUCGGCUGUAGGGUGAGGAGAGACCCGGGCGGCGGGGACAGAAUGCUGCCUGACCAGCUGAGUUCCUCCAGUGCCUUGUGUGUUGCUCCAGGUUCCGGCAUCUGCGGUCUCUUCCGUCUCCAGCAUACCAGAAAGUGUUAUCGUCGCAGGAGUGUGAAGGAUGUACUCACCACAGCGAAGGGACUUCAUUUCAGUGACACUGGGUAGCCAGAUAGGAAGGAGCUAUGAUAAUAGUAAAACCUGGCGAAGACAAUCAUGCUGGAGGAAAUGGAAACAGCUUUCAAGAUUGCAACGGAGUCUGAUUGCCUUCCUAUUUAUUUUCAUGGUGUUCUGUGGUAUUGCAGCAUAUCCUGUCCUGUUUGAAUACUGGCAAGCAGAUGAGGGCCACGAGGAAGAGCUGAAACAAGUUAAGCCAGUAGUUGUACCUGCAUUAGAUGGGCUUUUACCCAAGGCAUCGUUUAUCUCACAGCCACCGAAACUCAAAGGACCAAAUUUGAAUAAGCGUGGGCCCCCAUUUUUACAAAAUCGAUUGUCAAAGAAAGGAAAAAAGGAAAGUAAAAUAAGGAAGGAAGAUAAUGAAGCUGAGGCUAUUCCUGACGCCAAGGAUAAAGAACAGAAUAAGAUCAGCUGGCGUGGGAUGGAGAUCGCACCUGAAUGGGUUACUGCAGCUUUACCCAAUUCAAAGCAAAAGGAGAAACCAAUGGCCCAUGAUAAAGUGAAUGGCAAAGAAGCAGCCACUAUAAAUGAACAGCAGAAGGCAGUGAUAGAAGCAUUCCAGCAUGCGUGGAAGGGAUACAAACAGUACGCCUGGGGACACGAUGAACUGAAGCCGAUUUCUAAGUCUUACAGUGAAUGGUUUGGCUUGGGAUUGACACUCAUUGAUGCCCUGGACACAAUGUGGAUUUUAGGCUUAAAACAAGAAUUUGAAGAAGCCAAGAAUUGGGUGAUAAACGAAUUGAACCUUGGUAAAAGCGUGGAUGUGAAUUUGUUUGAGACAACAAUUCGUAUUCUCGGUGGAUUACUCAGUGUUUACAAUCUAACUGGAGAUCAGGUUUUCCUGGAUAAAGCAAGUGAACUUGGAGAUCGCCUAAUGCCAGCCUUCAAUACCCCAUCCAGUGUUCCAUACUCAGACGUGAAUAUUGGCCGUGGAACUGCCCAUCCACCUCGCUGGACCUCCGACAGUACUGUUGCAGAGGUGACCAGCAUUCAGCUGGAAUUUCGGGAACUCAGCCGGCUCACCAGAAAGGAAAAGUAUCGGACGGCAGUAGAUGAUGUAAUGAAACAUAUUCACAGACUUGGAGGGAAGAAGGAUGGAUUGGUGCCAAUGUUCAUCAAUACUAACUCUGGACAAUUUACCCACCUUGGUGUCUAUACACUCGGUGCCAGGGCUGACAGCUAUUAUGAGUAUCUGCUUAAACAGUGGAUCCAGGGAGGAAGAAAAGAGGCAGACUUGCUAGAAGACUAUCUACAAGCCAUAGAAGGUGUUAAGAAGAACUUGAUUCGAAAGUCAGAACCAAACAAACUGACCUUUGUAGGUGAAUUGUCCCAUAAUCAAUUUAGUCCAAAGAUGGAUCAUUUAGUGUGUUUCCUCCCUGGGACACUCGCUUUAGGAGCUCAUUAUGGCCUCAGUGCAGAUCAUAUGGAACUGGCCAAGGAACUAAUAGGAACCUGUUACCAAAUGUACUCACAGAUUGAAACUGGGCUAAGCCCAGAGAUCGUACAUUUCAAUCUGAGUCCACACAAUAUCAAGGACAUUGAAGUUAAGCCUGCAGACAGACACAACCUCUUAAGACCAGAGACAGUAGAAAGCCUUUUCUACAUGUAUAGAUUUACUCGGGAUAAGAAAUACCAGGACUGGGGCUGGGAGAUGUUUCAAAACUUUAAUAAAUAUACCCGGGUUGACACAGGAGGUUAUACUUCCAUUAAUAAUGUGCGGAAUUCUGAAAACCCUGAACCCCGGGAUAAAAUGGAGAGCUUCUUCCUUGGAGAGACACUGAAAUAUUUCUUCCUCCUUUUUUCUGAUGAGUUUAGUUUAAUCAGCCUGGACAGAUACAUCUUAAAUACUGAAGCACACAUUCUUCCAAUAUGGACAACUUGAUCAAUGUAGGAACGAUUUGAGAUUUGUCUUGAUUCCUGGUACAUCUUGGUUGUGGAAUCUACAAUACCAGUUGGAGCUAACCACUAUGGAGAAUUGUACUAAUCACUGUGAAAGUUCACAACUACACAGGUUUGUAUAUAAAAUGUGGUCAUGGCUGCACAGGUUGUUGAGACAAAUGUGAACAUAAAUGUUACAAACCAGGGAACAAUUAUACGAGUGUACUUGAAUUGACUUUUCUACAUUACAAAAUAUGCUUACCACAUGUUGCCUCCUGCCCAUUCAUUCUUUCCUGCUGAGUUCAGUCCAGUAGAGGAAUAUUUCAUGUAACCUUUUAAAAAAUUAAAUGGCCUGAAUGCAGAAAUAGAACAGAUUUUAUGGACAUAUAUAUAUAGACUGAAUUGAUAAGAAGAAUUCUUAAAAAUAUCAUUGACCAAGAAAGCUAAUUAUAUACAUAUAGAAUAACCAAAAUUGAUUCAUUCAUGUUAUGAUUGACAUUUAUGUAAAUAUGUUAUGGAAUUAAUUAUAUUUUCAAUACCAGUGUGUGAAAUACCUUAAGGAAAAUGCGGGUCCCAUUUAUGUAUGUGUAUAUAAAUACUGCUGGUUUAUUUUGAAAAGUGGUUAGUAUAUUCAUUUCGACUGAAUUUCCUAGAAAAGGUUUUGUUCAGUGAUUAAAUAUCGCUAUCCCCAUAUCGGAAAAAGAUGCAGAGACUGGAUUUGUUUGUUGUAAAUGGUUAGUAUUUUUCUCUCUCUGCUUCAAGCUGCAGCUUGAUUGCAUUGGAGUUCUAAAAAUUUGCAUUCCUGAUUUUAAAAAAGCUGGUUCUUGAAAGAGCCUAUGAGGAUUUAUUUAGUCAGCAUUUGAAUGAAUGUUUUGGUGAUGCUUUUCCUCUUGCUGCAAUAUGAAUAAUUAGGAGCAGUAGGAUACAGUUAGAUUCAAACAGCCUUUAUUUAUUGCUCAUUAUGGGGGGGGGGGGUUACAUAGUGACAUGCAAUCAGAUUUUUUUAAAUGAGGAAAUGAGCCAUAAUUUUUGCAAUUAUUUAAGUUGUCCAAUUUGUCUGGACAUUAGUUUCAGAGGGUAAAAGUAAUCUCUAGCUGUAGUAACUGGUAGCAAAUAAUGCCGAUUUUGAAUUUUGUCACUUUUGAAUUAUUUGUAAUGCACUUAGAAAGUGUUCCAUUUCUUACAUGGUAGGUUACGGGUGCAAUGUCAGUUGGAAAUAAGACUGUUCUGGGGGGCGGGGGGGAGGAAUUGAGAGUCUUUUUUACAUUUAACCGCACUAUUAUAAUAGAAGUGCCAUAUAUUUUUUAAAAAAGUGAUGCUUGAUUGGUUACAUAUGCUGCUGAACUGCAGCUAAAUUCUUAAAGUUGAGUAAUUAAUGUGAAUAAUGGCUCAUGAAUUAUAUUCAAAUUAAAACACUUUACCUGCAUCUCUUAUAAGAAUAACUUGGAGACAAAGAUUAGAUGAAUUAGCCAAGUUCCAAUUCCUGUAUCAGCACAGUGAUUUCAGGGUAAUAGCUUUAAUAUAGGUUAUUCGGCAUCAAAUUGCCGGAUUAGCAAUACUCCUGUUCCCAUCAGUAAAACAUUUCUGUACUUUCUAUACCUGGUUCUUGUUUAUGUACUCAAAUGGUUUUAAAUUGAGCAGCAGUGAAUGUAGCUUUAAUUUCUAUCAUUCCUUUAUUUAAGUGUUAUAUUCAACAACCAUUAUGUACUCUGUGCCAUUUUCAAUAAUUAAGUGACCUUGUUCAAGAUUAUUUCCAUAAAAAUCUAAGUGUUCUGUAAAUUUUUUACAUCGAUUGUAUAAAAAUUUCUCCAGUAUCAAUGCAAAUAAAUACAAAUUACAUCUCUCCAAC